UUUCUCCCCCUCUAUAAAAUCUCUCUUCCUCCAUUGAACGCUACAUGCAACCAUAGAGAGUACGCCCUCGCUUAGCAGCUGCUCUGCCUCUCGCUUUCAUCCGCCGCCCUUGUCCCCCUUCUCUUCCUGUUCAUAAGAGUUAAUACUUUCAUUUCCCUGCUCACUCUUUUGGCUGCCUUGAUUGUUUCCUUUGGGUUCUUCAAUGCUGGAUCUCGUAAAAUCCGUCUCCUCGAUACAGGAGGAGAUUUUCUUUUGAGUAGUCUUUUGUAACAUCCUAGAAAUUCGGCUCACAUACAUUUAUUUAUUUAUAUAUAUAUAUAUACAUUUAGAAUUUUAUCUUUAUCCAUAUUCUGGUUUAAGAUCCCUGAGUUUUCCCCCUCAAAAUCAAUCUGAUAUUCUCUUAAUUAUGUUUUGGGAUCAAAAUAUCUAGAUUUGGUUGUGAAGGCCCUGAAUCGCUUAAAAAUCUCCUAAAAGCUAUUGACGAAUAGAUAUAUCUUUCAGAUCCUUCACAUAAGGCUGCUGGAUCUGAAAACUCUUGCGUUAAAUUUCUGCUGGAAUUUGACAUACAGAGCUCAAAAAGAGUAUUCUGGUAGAUAGAAACAAAUUUCUAUAAGCCAAAGGAAAGGUGGUUCAAACCAAACCCAUCAAGUUCGCUGCUUUUUGGGGAUUUUAUCUAUGUGAUUUUGAAACAAGAAAAACAAGGAAAAAAAAAACUGAGCAUUUGUGACUCCCUGCUUCGUCAAUCAUGUCGUUGCAAUCCAACUCUCUCCUUGAGCCCGGAGCUAACGCCUGUUCUCUUUCAACCGUCAGUAAACCCUCAUUUUCGCCUAAAUUAAAUGUUAUUGCUCCCUUAUCUCGCCGGAAUGAUAACAGAACUGCCCGAUGCUCCGUCGCCUAUAAAUCGACGGUGCUGGAUAAAAAGUUUUUUGGGACCAAACUGCGGGCUCUUGGAACGGAGAGGCUUCAUUUAUGGCAAUCGGAUGGGCCCGGAAAGUCACCAAAGCUCCGAGUCGUGGUUCGUUCCGCAUUGUCCGGAGUGCCGGAGAAACCCCUAGGUCUUUAUGAUCCGUCAUUUGAUAAGGACUCGUGUGGGGUCGGAUUCGUGGCUCAGUUAUCCGGUGAAAGCAGCCGCAAAACUGUGACAGAUGCGCUGGAGAUGUUGAUACGCAUGUCGCAUAGAGGUGCAUGUGGGUGUGAAACGAAUACCGGUGAUGGAGCUGGGAUUCUUGUGGCGCUUCCUCACCACUUUUACAAGGAGGUUGCUAAGGAUAUGGGGUUUGAGCUGCCGCCACCUGGGGAAUAUGCAGUUGGCAUGUUCUUUUUGCCCACAUCGGACAGCCGAAGGGAAGAAAGCAAAAAUGUGUUUGCUAAGGUUGCGGAGUCUCUUGGGCAUACAGUCCUUGGCUGGCGUCAAGUACCAACAGACAACUCUGGAUUGGGCAAGUCUGCUUUGCAGACUGAACCUGUGGUUGAGCAAGUGUUCCUCACACCUAGUCCUAGGUCAAAAGCUGAUUUGGAACAACAGAUGUACAUAUUAAGAAGAGUUUCGAUGGUGGCUAUCCGAGCUGCGUUGAACCUUCAGCAUGGUGGUGUUAGGGAUUUCUAUAUAUGUUCUCUUUCCUCGAGGACUGUUGUCUACAAGGGUCAGUUGAAGCCCAUUCAGUUGAAGGAGUACUAUUAUGCAGAUCUUGGCAAUGAAAGGUUUACGAGCUACAUGGCCCUGAUACACUCUCGAUUUUCUACAAAUACAUUUCCUAGCUGGGAUCGUGCUCAGCCUAUGCGUGUCUUGGGCCAUAAUGGGGAAAUUAAUACACUUAGAGGCAAUGUGAAUUGGAUGAAGGCUCGUGAGGGUCUAUUGAAGUGUAAGGAGCUUGGUCUGUCCAAGAAUGAGAUGAAGAAGCUUCUACCAAUUGUGGAUGCUAGUUCUUCCGACUCAGGGUCUUUUGAUGGUGUACUUGAGCUUCUAGUUCGAGCUGGGAGAAGCCUCCCUGAAGCUAUCAUGAUGAUGAUUCCUGAAGCUUGGCAAAAUGAUAAGAACAUGGAUCCUCAUCGGAAGGCCUUGUAUGAAUAUUUCUCAGCCCUUAUGGAGCCAUGGGAUGGGCCUGCACUUAUUUCAUUUACGGAUGGUAGGUACCUGGGAGCUACACUGGAUCGUAAUGGACUGCGGCCAGGCAGAUUUUAUGUUACUCGAAGUGGACGGGUUAUUAUGGCUAGUGAAGUUGGUGUUGUAGACAUUCCACCUGAUGAUGUCCUUAGGAAAGGGAGACUUAAUCCUGGAAUGAUGCUUCUGGUGGAUUUUGAGAACCAUAUAGUUGUAGAUGAUGAAGCGUUGAAGCAGCAGUACUCCCUAGCAAGGCCCUAUGGGGAGUGGCUGAACAGGCAAAAAAUUGAACUCAACGAUAUUGUUGGCUCAGUUCCAGUAGCUGAUCUGGCUAUUCCUCCUAUAGCUGGAGCAGUUACUACAUCUAAUGAUGAUGACAACAUGGAGAACAUGGGCAUUAAUGGUUUACUAGCACCGUUGAAAGCUUUUGGUUAUACUGUUGAAGCUUUGGAGAUGUUGUUGCUUCCCAUGGCAAAAGAUGGGGCUGAGGCUCUUGGUUCAAUGGGAAAUGAUGCUCCCUUGGCUGUUAUGUCUAAUAGGGAAAAACUCACUUUUGAGUACUUCAAGCAAAUGUUUGCUCAAGUAACAAACCCUCCAAUUGAUCCUAUGAGAGAGAAGAUAGUCACUUCCAUGGAGUGCAUGAUUGGACCAGAAGGUGACCUGACUGAAACAACCGAGGAACAAUGCCAUCGCCUUUCACUAAAAGGCCCUCUCUUAGCUGUUGAGGAAAUGGAGGCAAUUAAAAAGAUGAAUUACAGAGGCUGGCGAAGCAAAGUCCUGGACAUAACUUACUCAAAGGACCAUGGUAGAAAGGGAUUAGAAGAGACAUUAGAAAGGAUUUGUGCUGAAGCACGUGAUGCAAUUAGCAAGGGUUAUACUUUAUUGGUUCUUUCAGAUAGAGCCUUCUCAUCAAACCGUGUCGCUGUAAGCUCCCUCUUGGCUGUUGGUGCUGUCCAUCAACACCUGGUAAAGAAGCUUGAGCGCACCCGUGUAGGUUUGAUAGUUGAAUCUGCUGAACCACGUGAAGUGCACCAUUUCUGUACAUUGGUAGGAUUUGGUGCUGAUGCCAUAUGCCCAUACUUGGCUAUAGAAGCCAUUUGGAGAUUGCAGGUUGAUGGGAAGAUCCCACCAAAAGCUACUGGUGAAUUCCACUCAAAGGAUGAGGUAGUCAAGAAGUAUUUCAAAGCAAGCAAUUAUGGAAUGAUGAAGGUUCUUGCUAAAAUGGGGAUUUCAACUUUGGCCUCCUACAGGGGUGCUCAGAUUUUUGAAGCUCUGGGCCUUUCCUCAGAAGUUAUUGAGAAGUGCUUCGCAGGAACUCCCAGCAGAGUAGAGGGAGCAAACUUUGAGAUGCUUGCUCGAGAUGCACUUCAUUUGCAUGAAUUAGCAUUUCCUACCCGGGUCUACCCUCCUGGAAGUGCUGAAUCUGUAGCUCUCCCCAAUCCUGGGGAUUACCAUUGGAGGAAGGGCGGUGAAAUCCACUUGAAUGAUCCUCUUGCUAUAGCAAAGCUUCAAGAAGCUGCUAGAGCCAAUAGUGUGGCUGCCUAUAAGGAAUAUUCUAGGCACAUUCAGGAGUUGAACAAAGCCUGCAAUUUACGUGGGCUUUUAAAGUUCAAAGAGGCAGAGGUAAAAGUACCAUUAGAUGAAGUGGAACCAGCCAGUGAAAUUGUUAAACGGUUCUGUACUGGAGCUAUGAGCUAUGGAUCAAUAUCCUUGGAGGCACACUCUACGCUUGCUAUUGCUAUGAAUAAAAUUGGAGGCAAAUCAAACACUGGUGAGGGAGGUGAACAACCAUCUCGCAUGGAGCCUCUUCCAAAUGGUUCAAUGAAUCCAAAGAGAAGUGCAAUCAAGCAGGUUGCAAGUGGGAGAUUUGGAGUUUCAAGUUAUUAUCUUACAAAUGCUGAUGAACUCCAGAUCAAGAUGGCUCAGGGCGCAAAGCCUGGGGAGGGAGGUGAGCUUCCUGGCCACAAGGUCAUAGGGGAUAUUGCAGUUACCAGAAAUUCUACUGCUGGUGUGGGACUUAUAAGUCCUCCUCCACAUCAUGACAUCUACUCAAUUGAAGACCUUGCCCAGUUGAUUCAUGACCUUAAGAAUGCCAAUCCUGGAGCUCGAAUUAGUGUCAAAUUAGUAUCUGAAGCUGGUGUCGGGGUAAUCGCGAGUGGUGUGGUGAAGGGGCACGCUGACCAUGUGUUGAUCUCAGGUCAUGAUGGAGGUACAGGGGCUUCUAGGUGGACUGGUAUAAAAAAUGCUGGGCUCCCAUGGGAACUAGGUUUGGCUGAGACCCACCAAACACUUGUUGCGAAUGACCUUCGUGGCCGCACUGUUCUUCAGACGGAUGGCCAACUUAAAACUGGAAGAGAUGUGGCCAUUGCUGCACUUCUUGGUGCUGAAGAAUUUGGCUUCAGUACUGCACCCCUCAUUACACUUGGUUGCAUCAUGAUGCGAAAAUGCCACAAGAAUACUUGCCCUGUGGGCAUUGCCACUCAAGAUCCAGUUUUGAGGGAAAAAUUUGCUGGAAAACCUGAGCAUGUUAUCAAUUUCUUCUUUAUGUUAGCAGAGGAGGUAAGGGAGAUAAUGUCUGAUCUUGGUUUCUGUACAGUUAAUGAGAUGGUUGGUCGAUCAGACAUGCUUGAAGUUGAUAAAGAAGUCACGAAGAACAAUGAGAAGCUGGAAAACAUUGAUCUCUCCCUGUUACUUAGACCUGCUGCUGAUAUACGGCCUGAAGCUGCCCAAUAUUGUGUCCAAAAGCAGGAUCAUGGCUUGGACAUGGCCUUGGAUAAUAAAUUGAUAGAACUGUCAAGGGCUGCUUUGGAAAAAAGUCUUCCUGUGUACAUUGAGACUCCAAUCUGCAAUGUGAAUCGUGCUGUGGGAACAAUGCUCAGUCAUGAAGUUACUAAACGUUACCACUUGAAUGCGCUUCCUGCAGAUACUAUCCAUGUCAAGCUUAAUGGAAGUGCAGGGCAGAGUCUGGGAGCUUUUCUAUGCUCUGGCAUCUUCCUGGAGCUUGAGGGUGACAGCAAUGACUAUGUUGGUAAAGGAUUAUCAGGUGGCAAGAUUGUAGUUUAUCCUCCAAGUGGUAGCUUAUUUGAUCCAAAAGAUAAUAUUGUUAUUGGCAAUGUAGCUCUCUAUGGGGCUACUGAUGGUGAGGCAUAUUUCAAUGGGAUGGCGGCUGAAAGAUUCUGUGUACGAAAUUCAGGGGCCAGAGCAGUUGUAGAAGGUGUUGGUGAUCAUGGAUGUGAGUACAUGACAGGUGGGACUGUUGUAGUACUUGGGAAAACUGGCAGGAAUUUUGCUGCAGGUAUGAGCGGAGGUAUUGCCUAUGUUCUGGAUGUCGAGGGAAAAUUUCAUUCUCGAUGCAAUCCUGAACUAGUAGAUCUUGAUAAAGUUGAGGAAGAAGAGGAUAUUACGACACUCAGAAUGAUGAUACAGCAACAUCAGCGUCACACCAACAGCCAGCUAGCUAGAGAAGUACUGGCUGAUUUUGAGUCUCUUCUGCCAAAAUUUAUCAAGGUCUUCCCGAAGGACUACAAACGUGUUCUUGCAAACAUGAAAGAAGCAGCAGCCCUAAAAGAGGUUGCUGUUGAAGAAAAUGAAGAUCUGAAUGAAGCAGAGUUGAUGGAAAAGGAUGCUUUUGAGGAGCUCAAGAAGUUGGCAGCUGCCUCUUUGAACAAGAAAUCCAGUCAGAAGGUAGAAGCUGCUGAAGCAGUAGAAAGGCCUAUUGUGGUUAAUGAUGCUGUCAAACACAGAGGCUUCAUUGCUUAUGAGCGUGCGGGUGUUCAAUAUAGGGAUCCUAGCAUUCGAAUGAAUGACUGGAAAGAAGUUAUGCAGGAAUCAAAACCUGGACCACUUCUGAAGACUCAGUCAGCUCGUUGCAUGGACUGUGGUACUCCUUUCUGCCAUCAGGAGAACUCUGGAUGCCCUUUGGGAAACAAAAUACCUGAAUUCAAUGAAUUAGUGUACCAAAAUAGAUGGCGUGAAGCAUUAGAUAGGCUCCUUGAGACAAAUAACUUCCCAGAAUUCACUGGGCGAGUGUGCCCUGCACCUUGUGAAGGUUCUUGUGUUCUUGGUAUUAUUGAGAAUCCUGUAUCUAUCAAAAGCAUUGAAUGUGCAAUCAUUGACAAGGCCUUUCAGGAAGGGUGGAUGGUGCCACAGCCACCGCUUAGGAGAACUGGGAAGAGAGUUGCUAUUGUUGGAAGUGGACCAGCUGGCUUGGCUGCUGCCGAUCAACUAAAUAGAAUGGGGCACUUAGUGACUGUGUAUGAGCGUGCUGAUCGAAUUGGAGGGCUCAUGAUGUAUGGAGUUCCCAACAUGAAGACCGACAAGGUGGAUAUAGUUCAACGUCGGGUUAAUCUGAUGGCUGAGGAAGGCAUCAAUUUUGUGGUCAAUGCCAAUGUUGGAAUUGAUCAUCUGUACUCCCUUGAUAGGCUUCGAGAGGAGAAUGAUGCCAUUGUUCUAGCAGUAGGAGCCACAAAGCCAAGGGACCUUCCUGUACCAGGACGAGAGUUAUCAGGUGUCCAUUUUGCCAUGGAGUUUCUUCAUGCAAAUACAAAAAGCUUGCUCGACAGCAAUCUAGAGGAUGGUAAUUAUAUAUCUGCUAAGGGCAAGAAAGUAGUUGUCAUUGGUGGAGGUGACACUGGAACAGAUUGUGUAGGGACAUCUAUCCGGCAUGGUUGUAGUAGGAUUGUAAAUCUAGAGCUUCUGCCGGAGCCACCACGCACCAGAGCGCCUGGGAACCCCUGGCCACAGUGGCCUCGCAUAUUUCGUGUAGAUUAUGGGCACCAGGAAGCUUCUACAAAGUUUGGCAAAGACCCAAGGUCAUUCGAGGUGUUGACUAAACGCUUCAUUGGAGAUGAACACGGUCGUGUGAAAGGACUUGAGUUAGUACGCGUCCACUGGGAGAAGGAUGCUAGUGGGAAAUUCCAAUUUAAGGAGGUUGAGGGCACUGAGGAAACUAUUGAGGCUGACCUUGUCCUGCUAGCCAUGGGGUUCCUUGGUCCUGAGCCGAAUGUGGCAGACAAGUUAGGCUUAGAGCGAGACAAUCGGUCAAACUUCAAGGCCGAGUAUGGCCGCUUCUCUACCAGUGUGGAAGGUAUCUUUGCAGCUGGAGAUUGUAGGCGUGGCCAGUCCUUGGUUGUCUGGGCAAUAUCAGAAGGACGUCAAGCUGCUUCUCAGGUGGACAAAUAUCUCAUGAGAGAAGAUGAAGCUGCUAUUAGCGCAGACAACCAAGGUGACCUUGUGGAGAGCGAUAUUGCCAAGAGGCAGCAGGACAGCAAGCAUACAAUCAUGACGUAGGUAACUGUUUUACUGUCAUGCAGUCCUUUGAAUGAAGCAAAACUGAAUUGAUAUCAUGCCUCAAAAUCCGGAAUCAUGAUAUGGAUGAUGUACAAGUAGACAUUUCUUUAUAUGCACCCGCGUGGAUGCUAAAAAAGUUUAGUUAUGGAGCAGAGUUGGCAGAAGGUUUUGCAGCGGUAAAGAGUGGCUUCCGUUGGGAUGAUCCAGGAAAUAGAAUUCUGCUGUUUCUUUUUCUCUAUAUCAUAUUUGUUUAUAGAUUAAGCUUGACCCAGCGUGUUUGAAAGUGGGAUUUUGUUGCCGUUGCCGAGGAAUAAUGUACAGGUUUUACUUCUCUUAAAUAUAUAUGGGGAACUAUUUAUCUGUUUCUAAA